AUGACUACCGUAGUGUUUGUUUCUAUCCCCGAGGACGUUACGAUCGGGUUGGACCAUUAUUCAUUCCAAGUCAAGAAAGAUCAACCGUUCCACGGAUUCUUAAAUAUACCUGACAAUACGGUACAUUGUAUACACUUCCAACAUGAGGGGGAAAAAUCCCAAAGAUACGGAUAUUGGAUUCAAAAAGGAAAUUAUUACAUUAAAUUUGAUGAUGAAUCAGAAUCUUUUAAAUUAUAUAUUGAAAAUGAUUCUAUAAAAUUCGAAAAGAUUGUAAUGGAGUUCAAUAGACAACAAACUAUAGUUCCGUAUCCUAAAAUUGAUGAAAACGAUACAUGGUACACCCUAACCAAACAUAUUAAAUGGAAACAAGUUUGUAGCAUUCUGAACAGCCAAGCUUGUGGCGAUGCAUAUGUCAGUUCCUCGAUGACUAGCCAAGAAGAGGCCAAUCUGUUAGAGAAAACUUUAGCAAGCCAUGAUUCAUUGGGAGCCGUGCCUUAUCAUUCCUCUUCUUCGGAUGGUAAUUCAAAUGAGGAAAAAAACCAAGAACGUACUUUAAAUUUUACUAUGAUUAAGUUUAAAUCAAAAGAAGCCAUCAGAAUUGGACAUGAAAUGAAUGAUUUUCAAGAUAAAUCAUUUUAUUUAAAUGAAAUAAUUUUAAAGAAAUAUUAUGACAGUUCGAUAGAUAACUUGUUUGGAGAAUUACAGUUUGCAUUUCUAAAUACCAUUCUUUUUUGCAAUUAUGCAUCCAGUUUACAAUGGCAUAAUAUAUUGGAACUCAUAUGUUUUAGUAAACAAGUAGAACAAGAAAAGAUAGAUGAAUUGGAUCAUAUACUACAAGUGCAAAUCAAGCUUAUGCUUGAAACAUAUUUCGAUGUGUUGAUUAAUGUUGAAGUAUGGAAGAGAUGUCUUUAUGAUUCAUUCCAUGGAGACUCGUUAAAAUUGACGGAGGAAGCCUUGAAGAAGAACUAUCCUGAAAUGUAUCUCUCUGCCGAUAGCGAUGACAAUGCCAGUAUAGAAUUUUAUAAUAAUGAAAGGGAGUCGAAUCAAGAAUCGGAGGAUGAAGAGGAUGAAUACAAACCGACUAUUGUAAGCGGAGUCUAUUAUGUAAGUCGUAGCAACUAA